AUGGCAAAGACAAGCCGAAUGUUUUAUGUUUUUGUGAUGAUUUGUAUGGUGCUGGGGGUGGAUUCGCUCGGUCCUGAUGUUCAUCGUAAGUUUUUUUUAUUUUUUAUUACAUUUUAAGGUUUGAAGUUUAAAAUUUUUUUGUUUUUGAAAUUUGGAAUAAGAUAUUGUAAGAUUAUGAAGGGUAGAGUAAAGUAGGGUAGGGCACGGCGGAGUAGAGUGCGGUAGAUUAAAGUAAGGUGAGGUUGAGUAAGGCAGAGUAAGGUAAGGUAAAGUAGGGUAGUCUUUUGUAGACUAUGGUAAACUAUUUUGUUUUAUUUUUUGAAAUUCAGGUUGUGGAUAUGGACUGCUGAGCGACAUGGCAUGCGACAUAUUCAACUGUGUUUGGCGUGGUCGAUACGGCUUUAAUGACAUUAACAACGACUGCGAGUGCCGCUGCUACUCAACUAGCGAACUCAGAGAUCUCAACACGCCUAUGUAA